CUCAACACGUGCGUUUGGUGUGAUAGUAAAGAGGACGUCAACUGGUACUGUAAUGACUGUCAGGAGGCUUUAUGUGGCCGCUGUAUGGAGGGUCAUAAACGCGGAAAGAAGACACGGAAUGACAAAGUCGUACCGAUAAAACAGGCGGACAGACACAACGAUAAGGUAGUACCAGAGGUAUGUAAGACACAUCCCGGUAAAACAUGUGAUCUGUUCUGUACCGAAUGUAAAGUCGUAAUGUGUUCAAUGUGUUUUACCAAAAAACAUAAACAACAUGCAUUCAAGCAUUUAGAAGAAGAACUUGAUUCAAGCAGGCAGUACAUACGAGACCAAUUGAAAACCUUAAAGGCAAAACUGAAUAACUCCAAUAGCAAGAUAUCGAAGCGCCAAAGAGCAAGCAUAAAACUCAAACACAGCGUCAAAAUUAUAAGGGAAGAUGUCCAAGCUCGCGGUACAAAACUAAAAACAGAAGUUGAUUCAGUCGUUAAAUCUGUCUUAAAAGAAUUAUCUUUACUGGCUGAUGAGGAAGAAAAACUCUUGACAAAGGACUGUCAAUCUGAGGAGAAAAACAUCAAAGACAUAAAACAGCUGAUUAAAGAUGUGGAGCAACAGUCCAAAAGGACGUCCAGACAAACGUUGCUUGACUUGAUGGGGAGGUUGAGAACCGCUGUACAGCGUUAUGACGAUGAAGGGAAGAUUGCAUCACCACAAUUUCCAAGCUAUGUUGCCGGGAAAAUCGAUACUGAACAGUUGAAAACAAUGAUUGGACAAAUUCAGGUCGGACAUGAGCGGAGUGAUGUGAUCCCAUUUAAGAAGGAAGAAGUUGAUAAUUUAAGUGUUCAAAAACUUUGUACAUUCCAGGCCAAAGAACAGAGUUAUAUAAUGUCAAUUUGUCCUAUUGACGGCAAUUAUUCAUGGAUAUCACAAAUGGGGUUUCAUGAUUUGUUCCGAACCAACAAAUUGGGAAAGACAAGAGAGUCUAUUAAGCUUGGUUUUAAACCUGAGAGUCUGGCUUUGACCAACACAGCAGAACUACUCAUGACUUGUCAGGAUGGUUCGCCUCUGAUCUACAAAUUAUCUCAUAACAGACAGGUGACGAUCUUUGCCGAUAUAAGUCCACUGAAGGCUUGGAAUAUCACUGUGAGUGAAAAUGACGAGGUAUUCGUUAGCACUGACACGACAACAAUACUGGCAUUGAACACAUCAGGGCACAAAAUCAAGCAGCUGUCGUGUGGACAGGAAAGGAGCCGUGUCGUUUGUCUGACUGCAGGGAAUGUUGCUGUUAGCACAGGUCAAGGCUUAAAAUGUGAAGAAUUGAAUAUCGUGGACCAAUCAGGUCAAAUCACACACAAAUGGAGCGGGGAUCUAGAAAAUGGUGAAAAGAUAAAAGAAACGGACCAAUACAGUAUUGCGAGUGAUAAAAGUGGCAGAAUUUUUGUACCAGACGUACUCACUAACCAGGUAUACGUCUUACAGGGAAAUGAGAUGAAGGCAAAGUGUCUCCUGGACAAGACGUGUGAAAUUGCCCAUCCGUGGACUGUGAGUGUAGACAGGUGUGGACAUGCUUGGAUAGGUUGUAGUGAUGGUACAAUACAUGUGGUACAACUAUAA